ACGUAUGACGCAGAUAACCUGCGACGAGGAGAAUGAUGGCGGUAGCUCCACCGAAGCUUGAGAAGGAAACCGAAGACAGCUCUUUGUUGCCUUUAGUUCAUGAUAUUAUAAAAUGCUUGGACAAAGACAACCAGGAUGUCCAUGCAGAGCUGGCGAAGCUGAAGGCAAAAAUCCAGGAAGCUCGGGAGCAGAUCUCCAACAUGCCAGGAAUAGACAGCAGUCCGCUGGAGCAGCAGCAGCAGCUGACCACGCUGAGGGAGCAGGUCCGCACUAAGAACCAGCUGCUGCAGAAAUACAAAGGUCUCUGCAUGUUUGAUGUGCCAAAACCAUCCUGAGGCUAAAGCUUCCAGCACUGUUAGAUGUUACUAUUGACAAAAUAAAUAUGGACAAGAGACAGAGGCUUCAAUAAAGAGGGAUGGAAGCUCUCUCAGCUGCAUCUUAAUGCAAGAUGUUUUUGUUGGUCUUGUAAGAGUUUUGUGUUCAUUUCUUUGUGUUUUUAUAAUUAAAUGUUUUUCAUGA